GUUGUUUACGUUUAUGUUUCUCUGUGUUCAUAGUCUUGGAAUACACAUGUGUAAAUUUAAUUGACAUAAUGUACAUAAUUUACCGUUGGAAUCAGGCGAAAGAACGAAAGAAUGGAGCUUAAAUUCCUUUCAAUGACUGAUUCAAAUUGAUACGUGAUAGUUUGGAUAUAUGCGAGUGACAUUUUAUUACUUAAGGUUCAAGGCUGUUUGAAAAUGGAUGCCUUAUUUUGUACACAGGAAGUCAGCGGAAUUAUGCCUGAAAAUUAGCGAAGAAAGUGUUUUGGAUAAUAACUACCGUCACUUUUAGUUCUGGGAUAGACGUACACUUGUGGUUGUGAUUUUAAUACGGCGUGAUUUGAUUAAGAUCAUGCAGAAAACACUGGAAUUUAUGUCUGCGCCUUUCAUUGAUAAACAGCCGCCAUUGAAAAACCAAAACAAAUAUUUCUGCUACAGGUUACGGCGACAUUGGACGAAUCAUUUGCCUUUAAAUUUUUAAGAUGUAGUGUAAACAGAUAUUAUGCAGACUUUUAAUUAUUUAGUUACAGUUUUACUUUUUUCCGUGCCAUUUAAAUGCACUGUGGCCUCUGAUGAGGGACUGCAGGGGUCAUUCCAUGAUGCACGAGUUUCUGAUGUGCGAUUGACCAAUUCGAACAAUUUAAACAGUUAUGGAAUUCUGGAAGUCUCUGUUGAAGGAUCUUGGACAGCAGUGUGCGAUGACAGUUUUGACGAAACAGCUGCUCUAGUUGCAUGUCGGCAGUUGAACUUUGUGGAUGGCAGGUUCCAACCAGGUUCUGCUGUUGGCCGACUGGCUCAGGUGGUCAUUAAAGCUGUCAGCUUGGACUGCCUGGGUAAUGAGACAGACUUGUCGCAAUGUAGCAGUAAAGUCUCCAAUCACUGUCUUUCCAAGGACUAUGUGACACUCUACUGUAGCGAUGCCACUGUUGCGGAAAAAGACUGCGUUGAGAUCAGGCUACCCGGUGGUUUAAAUUACGGUUUAUUACAAGCAAAUCAGUACGGAUUCUGGGGCCCAAUAUGUGAUUACGAAUGGACCGACCUUGAAGCAGAUGCUGCCUGCAGAGAACUUGGUAAAGCUGGCGGUUAUGCUUAUUACGCUGUUAGUAAUUCGGAUGUUCCGAUGGUUGUUGGACGUUUCAACUGCUCUGUUGGUGUCGAAACUCUAAAACACUGCGAUUUUAAAGGAUUUGGGGAAGCUCUUGGAUGUCAGUACCCAAUAACAAAAGGCCAAAGAAGAGCUGCUGGUGUUUUUUGUUAUGAACAUGAAGAUGGUGUACAAUUUCGUCUGUCAGAUCGUUGGUAUGGUAAAGUACAAGUGAAGCAUGAAGGGGAAUGGGGCCGCGUCUGCAACGCCAAUUGGGGCAACAAAGAAGCCAGUACUUUAUGUAAACAAAUUGGCUACAUUGAUGGACGUGCUGAAUUCACUCCCGGUGACAGCAACGGAAAAAUUCGAAUGAAUAAUGUGAAUUGUACUGGGUCAGAAAGUUCUAUACUAGAAUGCAGUCAUCGUUCUAGCUGGAGAGGAACGUUGAGUCCUUGCAACGAUGCUCAAGUGGUCUGCAAUAUUACAGUUUGUGGCACGAUGGAUAUUCGAAACUCGGUAGAUUCCCUGAACAGGUUGAGGUAUUGCAACGUGAUUGAGGGUAACUUGACGAUUCUCCUCAUCGCAGGAAAGUGGGAAGAUUUCCAGAGGUACAGCUUCCCGAACCUUGUGGAGAUCACUGAAUUCCUUGUUCUCUUCAGAGUUGAUAAUUUACGAAGCCUAAAUCAGUUGUUUCCAAAUCUAGCUAUUAUACGCGGAGAUAGACUGUUCAGUGAUUAUGCCCUGGUCGCGUUUGAAAUGCCAGAUCUGGUUGAACUGGGGCUGUCUAGUUUGGUGUCAAUACCUCGUGGUGCUGUCAGGUUAGAGAAAAAUCCCAAUCUCUGUUAUAUUGAAACGGUGGACUGGUCAAAAAUCACAACUGGAAUCUCCAUGUCAGAAAAUUAUUUUAAAGGCAAUAAGGAUGUUCAGGAAUGUGUAAACAGGUGUCCGAGUACGUGCGAUGAAACCGUUGAAUAUGUAAAGAAGGUACCCCGGUGCUGGACCAUCAAUGACUGUCAGAAAAUGUUAUCCAUUCCAGCCAGUUGCACGUCAGGUUUCUAUAGUAACGGUAUCUGUUGUGAUCCUAAUUGUAUGGGUGGAUGUACAGGACCGGAGGCUACACAAUGCACAUCUUGUAGAAACGUGAUGCAACAUAUUGGCAAUGACAUUCCAACGUGUACACAACGCUGCUCUGCUGGAACUUAUAUGUAUAAGAACCGCAGAUGCCUGUUGGACAAGGAGUGCGUUGACUUUCAAGACUACCCACUACGCACUGUACAAUGUGUAGACAGAUAUGGCUUAUUUAAAAAUUGUUUAAAGCUUGUUGUGUCUGAUGACAGGAGCCAACCCGGACUAUGUGUUGCUGACUGUCCUGCAGGGUACGAUGAUUCAGACCCAACUAACCCACAGAGAUGUUUCCGCUGUCAAGGAAAAUGCCCAAAAGUUUGUGAUGGUAAAGUAAUCGACAGUGUCUUGGCUGCCCACGAGUUGAAGGACUGUAAUAUUAUAAAGGGUCCGCUACAGAUCAACAUCAGACAGGGAGGUCAGAUUGCACAAGAGCUGGAAGAGAACUUUGCACAGAUAGAAGAGAUUACAGACUUUAUCAUUAUUAGUCACUCUGAAGCACUUAUGUCUCUUCAUUUCUUGAAAGGACUACGCAGGAUUGGUGGAGAAAAACUAGCAUAUGACAAGUACAUAUUCUAUGUUUAUGACAAUCUAAAUCUGCAAGAACUUUUCCUUGAUGAUGUAGCGAAGAAUCUCGAGAUUGGGAAAGGAUCAGUUCUAUUCCAGUACAACCGGAAGCUUUGUUACAACAAAAUCACUAAAUUUAUAUCAUCUGUCGGCCUUGAUAUCAACAAAAUCGACCCGGAAGAAGUGUCUGCGGAAAACAACGGAGAUCAGAUGCCAUGUGAAAUACAGAAUCUGACACUAACAUUACAGAAGACGUCCCCACAUAUUGCGUUUGUCUCAUGGACAAGAAUGAAUAUUACUGAUCCUAGGCAUUUCAUUGGUUAUUCCAUAAACUGGAAGGAGGCACCGGAGAAGAAUGUUUCCAUUUACAGAGGACGUGAUGCCUGCUCAGAUGACCUGUGGAAAAGUAAAGACGUGUGCACUGGUUUACCUGACCCGAAUCACUGUCAUACAAUAGACUUUAUCGUAGGACUUGAACCUUGGACACAAUAUGCAGCAUAUGUGAAAGCACUCACAGUCUCCAAGUCUGUUCAAGGGGGCAUUAGCGAUGUUAUAUACUUCCGAACAGAUGCUGAAGUUCCUACACCACCAGUAAAUCUACAGGUGUUAGCAAAAGUACCUGGCGAACUGGAAGUGACGUGGGGUCCGCCAGACAAACCUAACGGCAAUGUGACGCACUAUGAAGUAUACUGGCAGAAACAGAACUUUGAUCAGUCAGAAUAUGAGCUCAGAGACUACUGCUUGCAACCACUUACUGUCACAAGCACAAGAGACAGGGAAGAAAAAGAAGCAAAGGAAGAGGAAAGUAAGAAUUCUACAACUGAUGGUUAUUGCUGUGCUUGUCCAUUGUCAGAAACACAACGCAAAGAGGAGGAAAGGGAGAGAAAUCUUGGCAUACAGUUUCAGGAUUAUCUCCAGAACCAGGUCUACAUAAAAAGACUGACUAUAGCUGCCACAACAAUCCUGCCGACAAGUGCUGCUACUGUAUCCAGAUACCUCCUCAGUCCAUACUCCGAGUCAACAAAGAAAUCUUUUGCUAAGUUACACCAAAUAAAGAAAUACGCACAGAACAGUAAUCCCGAAGCACAGAAGAAAUUCACAUGCCAGUCCCCGGGGGAAGAUCGCCAGAAAAUUAUUACGACGACAAAAGCUCCUUAUGGAAACGAGACUGCUGUCAAUGUAUCCACGACGACCCCAAUGUCUGCUGAAGGUGAUAAAGAGAUAGACAUAAGUGAUGAAAAUACGUUUUUAAAGGCAGAUGUGUAUGAAAAGAGAAAGUUUGUUAUAACUGGACUUGGUCACUUUGAAGAUUAUAAUAUAGAGGUAAUAGCUUGCCACACCCGACCCUCUGACCCCAGAAAGGACAUGCUUUGUGGUAACCAGGCUUUGGGUUUUGGAAGAACAUUACCUGAUGACCAAGCAGACAGUAUAAACUCUAGUCAGGUUCAGGUGAACAUGCUCGCUAACAGGACUGGUGCUGUUCAUAUCAAAUGGCUUGAUCCACCCAAACCAAAUGGACUUAUACUCAUUUACGAUAUUGAGUACAUGAAUCAAAACAUAAACAACGUGAAGCCUUUAUUGAUAUGUAUAACGUAUGCCCGGUACCGUGAUGAAGGGAAAGGAGGUCACAUUCUAGAUAAAUUGGAUCCAGGAAAUUACACAUUCAAACUUCGAGCUACAUCACUAGCAGGGAAAGGACCGUGGACAGAUCCGUUGUACUUUAACAUUCCUGAUCUUGCAGUUGAUAGUAGUAACGCCCACAUGGUGAUAGCGGUCAGUGUUGUGUGUGUGGUCGCUAUUCCAAUCGCUGUCAUAGUGGUCUGGUUCAUUGCCAGAAGAAAGUAUGUUAGACUGGCCCGUGGUGGGGUGUUGAUCUCGACCAACCCUGAUUAUCCUGAAAUGGCUUACUAUAUAUAUCAACCAGAUGAAUGGGAAGUGGCCCGUGACAAUGUAGUAUUAUUGAAAGAUCUGGGACAAGGAUCGUUCGGAAUGGUUUACAUGGGUCUCGUGAAGAAUCUUGUAUCUGGGGGAGGAGAUAUUAAAGUAGCUGUGAAAACAACCAAUGAAAACAGUACUGAUCAUGAUAGAUACCAGUUCCUGCAAGAGGCUUCCAUUAUGAAACAAUUCAGUUGCCAUCAUGUUGUCAAGUUGAUCGGCGUUGUAUCACAGGGACAGCCAGCAUAUGUGUUGAUGGAGCUGAUGUUAAAUGGAGAUCUCAAACAUUUUCUACGUCUCCAUCGUCCUGAUGAAGCGGAAAAUGAUGGAAGAUCUCCGCCAACUUUGAAACAGAUCCUACAAAUGGCGGGAGAAAUUGCAGAUGGAAUGGCAUAUUUAGCGGAUAAAAAAUUUGUACAUAGAGAUUUAGCUGCUAGAAAUUGUAUGGUAGGCGAGGAUAUGACAGUAAAAAUUGGAGACUUUGGUAUGACCAGGGAUAUAUACGAGACAGACUAUUACAGAAAAGGAAGUCGUGGUCUGUUACCUGUAAGAUGGAUGCCUCCAGAAUCUCUCAAAGAUGGAGUGUUCACAAGUUUAACAGAUGUGUGGUCAUAUGGUGUUGUAUUGUGGGAGAUGGCGACUUUGGCAGCACAGCCAUACCAGGGUCUUGCGAAUGAGCAGGUCCUGAAGUAUGUAGGCUCUGGAAAAAUCAUGGAUGCCCCAGAAGGAUGUCCUACUAAAUUAUAUGAUUUAAUGGUGAAGUGUUGGAGAUAUAGACCAAAACAAAGACCUACAUUUAAAGAAAUCAUAGAACUUCUAUUACCAGACUUAGAUCCUAGUUUUAGAGAAGUCUCGUAUUUCUUUAGCGAGGAAAGUGCUAAAUAUGAAGAGGCGAAACAUACAAGUGGGGCGUCACAUAAUCAUCGUGAUGAUGAUGAUAAUUUUGAGUCCAUAGACAAAGACUAUGAAGAUGAGGACAUUCAGCGUCCUAUGAACGAUUACGUAGAUGAAGCCAAUUUACCUAUGUUAGGGGUCGGGGCCUCAAACGGUCACGAUUUAGAGUUACAGGAUAUUUGCAGUGAUACGGGAACGUUUCCACAUUAUAGUUCAUGUAGUUCUAAUAAUAGACAUCCUGAUGGCUCAGCAGAGGUGUGUGACUGUAAUUUGUUCAGAGAGCAGGCAGGAGCAGCUGGGCAAUCUCUUGUAGAUAUAUAUAGACGUAAUCAUUGCCCAAGCCCAAAUUCUAGUGCGAAAGGUGGCUCAAGUGACGGUAGUAAAGAAAGUAGUAAAAGUUCGAGCAGUAGUUAUGCUCACAUGAAUGGACUUAGUGUGGCCAAUGGGCACGUACCUUUACACUUACAACGGACUGCACCAUGCUAGCAUAUGUCCCCCCUCUCAUGAAGGCACAGUAUGGGGAAAGGUUGGUUGGAUGUCAAGUGGAGGUCAGAAUAAAAGUCACAUUAUUUCUGGCAAGUUUGGAGUUGUCUUUCAUUGAUUAAAACAAGGAAAUGCAGUGUUUUUUACUCGGAAGUUUUGAUUCACAUGGAAGUAAAGUGCUUAAUUUGUUUUCAGUCAGGUGUAAAAUUUACUAUCCUGCAACUUUCAGUGCAGAGACUUCAUUGUGCAAAUGCCAAACUUGCUGUAUGAAUGGUUCAUUUGUUAUGAAAAAUACAUACCUUGGCAUACCUUUAUUUCUGCAUUGGACUCAACAACUUUAAAGAUACAGCAUCAUCUACUUCAAGCAAUAGGGGUAUUCAUGAAUGGAAUUAAAUUAAUCAGGAAGAGUUUAUUGAGAGUUUUUCACAUAAAUGUGUGAUGCUUGGUGCCCAUUGAGAGGGAAGGUAAUUCAAUAAUUAGUCUACGACUGGACGUAUUUCCAUAUUGUGAUAAUCAGACAAUCAGCUUUUACUUGCUGAAACUGUCAUUUCUCUACAUUGUUUUUCAGAAAAAAAAAACAAAAACAAUAAAUUACAUGUGCUGAGUUUUAAUUAAUAAUACUAAUUGUUAUGCAUUCUAUAUUCAUUAAAUUUGAAUUUUAGAGUAAAAAUAUUUAUUUGUGUGUUCUGAGUUACUGAAAGAUAUUUUGUUGAAAUAUCUGAAUAAUGUGAAUAGAUAAAAUUUAUGCUAGUCAUCCAGUAUUCAGCAAAGUCUCUUACAGAAAUUGAACAGACUGAGUGACUGUGAUUUUGUGAUAUUCAUGAUACAGGUAUUUGAAGGUGUGUGCCUUCGGACUGUUGUCAGAAAAUGAAAAAUUAAGAAAAUACUGUCUGAGAUAGCACCAGCAAACAUGAAAUAAAAAGUCAAGGAAAGUUGACUAGGUGCUACCCGUAUAAUUUAUAUGAAGAAAAAACAAUUGUCAAGUAAAUGAUACUGUGUAGGGCUUUUGAAUUGCCAGAUUAUUUUCCACCUAUUUUCAAAAUGGCUAGUUUAUGGUUUGUAAAUUUGAUUUAUUUUUCAUUAAAAACAGUGCAUUUGA